AUGGAUGUGUUAAUAGUGUUGGCUACGACGAUCGCCUUCACAUACUCGAUACUUGUUCUUAUUAUUGCAUUAGUACUGAGGUGGCCAUCAAGCCCGAUGACGUUCUUUGACGUUCCUCCUAUGCUCAUUGUAUUCAUAUCAUUAGGUCGUAUGUUGGAGCACAAAGCAAAGGGCAAAACAUCGGAAGCGUUGAGUCGUUUGAUGUCACUUCAAGCUAAGGAAGCCACACUAAUAACCAUGGACGCCGAAGGCCGUGUCACAUCCGAAAGGGGAAUCAACAUAGAACUGGUUCAACGUAACGACUUGAUCAAGGUGAUACCAGGUGCAAAAGUGCCAGUCGACGGAAUAGUGGUGGAUGGUCAGAGUUCAGCGGAUGAAUCAUUUAUAACAGGAGAAUCUAUGCCGGUUGUAAAGAAGCCAGGUAAGAAAAUAAACGAAAAGAAAGAAAAGCGAACAAGGCGUUCCUUUAGGAAGUGUUGUGAUUGUGGUUCGGUCAACCAAAAAGGUGUGCUCAUCAUACAGGCAACGCUGGUUGGACAGGACUCGACUUUGGCCCAAAUUGUGCGACUUGUUGAAGAAGCGCAAACUAAUAAGGCUCCAAUCCAGCAAAUGGCUGAUCGUAUUGCUGGCUAUUUUGUACCAUGUGUGAUCUUCUUAGCACUACUUACACUAUUCGCUUGGAUCGUUAUUGGAUAUAUGUCACAAAAAUAUGAAAUGAUGACACCGACAGGUCGUUUUGAAAGCAUCAUGAAGGUGGCAUUCGAAGCGGCAAUCACAGUACUGGCGAUCGCCUGUCCCUGCAGUCUUGGACUGGCAACCCCCACAGCUGUGAUGGUUGGCACUGGAGUCGGUGCGAUCAAUGGAAUUCUCAUCAAAGGCGGCGAACCCCUUGAGACCGUUCAUAAGGUGACCACAGUGAUUUUCGACAAGACCGGUACUAUAACAGAAGGUCGACCACGGGUGGUUUCCAUAUUGACCCUACGAUCACCACUGGACAUUCCGCUGAAAAUGCUGGUUCUCAUAUGUGGAUCUGCAGAAUCUCAAUCAGAGCAUCCCAUAGGAGCAGCAAUUACUAAUUUCGCAAAACAGUGGCUGAAAGAUCCGACGUGGGCCGCUGUGUCGCGGUUUCAUGUGUCAGCCGGACAUGGAGUGGCAUGCCAAAUCUCGGGUGUUCGGAAGUCACUCGAUUCUAUCAGUCAAGUAAACGGACCUGUACUAUCCGAUGGUGAGGAAAUGGUGAUUUCCGACUCCAGUGUCAUUCACAAGCAGGUUUCAUGUAUGCCAACUUUGAAGACUAAGAAAGAUAAAGAUAUCUACGAAGUGGUGAUCGGAAGUGAACGAAUGAUGGAAAAGUAUGGAAUCGUAAUCGAUGAUAUCACUGUUGCAGCACUGUCUGUUGAACAGCAAAAAGGCCAUAUUUCCGUACUUUGCGCCAUAAAUGGAGAGGCGGUGGCGAUUAUUUCAAUAGCGGACAAAAUCAAGAACGAGGCUCCUUUGGCUGUGUGGGCACUGUCGAAGAUGGGAAUGCGGGUGGUGCUUUUGACUGGUGAUAAUGCAAAAA